GAUAGAUUUCUUAUUCUUUUCUUAUUUCCGCCUUCUUUUCCUGUCCGGUUAAGGGAUCAGACGGCGAUCUAAAUUAUUGGUGGUUUCCGCUUCGCUUGGAUCGAUCACCUGUCGUCGCCGCCGCCGCCCUCGGUUCUCUUCCAGUCAGAGGGUUUGGAGGUGGAGGCGAGCGGGCGAUGUCAUCACUUAGUAGAGAGCUGGUGUUUCUGAUUCUCCAGUUCCUCGAUGAGGAGAAGUUCAAGGAAACAGUUCACAAACUUGAGCAAGAAUCUGGCUUCUAUUUUAAUAUGAAAUAUUUUGAGGAUGAGGUGCACAACGGGAACUGGGAUAAUGUUGAAAAGUAUCUCUCUGGCUUUACAAAGGUCGAUGACAACCGGUACUCUAUGAAGAUAUUCUUUGAAAUACGGAAGCAGAAGUAUCUAGAAGCAUUGGACAAGCAUGACCGACCAAAGGCUGUUGAAAUCCUUGUGAAGGAUUUGAAGGUCUUUGCUUCAUUUAAUGAGGAGCUAUUUAAGGAAAUCACUCAGCUUUUAACAUUGGAGAACUUCAGGGAAAAUGAGCAACUAUCAAAGUAUGGAGAUACCAAAUCAGCACGUUCAAUCAUGCUUAUUGAACUCAAAAAGCUCAUUGAAGCAAACCCCCUGUUCCGAGAUAAAUUGCAGUUACCAAACCUAAAAAAUUCUAGGUUGCGCACCUUAAUUAACCAGAGUUUAAACUGGCAACAUCAGCUUUGCAAAAAUCCUAGGCCGAAUCCAGAUAUUAAAACUCUUUUCGUUGAUCAUUCAUGUGGGCAACCAAAUGGUGCUCUUGCUCCAUCACCAGUAAACAAUCCGUUGUUGGGGGUCAUGCCCAAAGCAGGAAGUUUUCCUCCAUUGGGUGCUCAUGGGCCAUUUCAACCUGCUCCAACACCAGUUCCGACACCCCUUGCUGGUUGGAUGUCUAGUCCUGCUGCUGUAACCCAUCCAGCUGUCUCAGGUGGACCUAUUGGGCUCAACGCACCUACAAAUCCUGUUGCAAUUCUAAAGCACCCUAGGACUCCACCAACAGCCAACCCUUCUAUCGAGUAUGCAUCUGCUGAUUCUGAGCAUGUAUCAAAAAGAACAAGACCUCUUGGAAUAUCUGAAGAAGUAAAUUUGCCUGUCAAUAUACUGCCAGUUUCCUAUCCUCAGAAUCAUAAUCAGGCUACAUUCUCCCUGGAGGAUUUGCCAAAAACAGUUGUGCGGACACUGAGCCAAGGAUCAAACCCUAUGAGCAUGGAUUUUCAUCCAGUCCAGCAGACUAUUCUCCUUGUCGGUACCAAUGUUGGCGAUGUUGCGUUAUGGGAUGUCGGCAAUAGGGAGAGAUUAAUUCUGAAGAAUUUCAAGGUUUGGGAACUUGGAACUUGCUCCAUGUCUCUUCAGGCUUCUUUGGUCAAGGAUCCUGCUGUAUCAGUUAAUCGCAUAAUAUGGAGCCCAGAUGGCUCUUUGUUUGGUGUUGCUUACUCAAGGCACAUUGUUCAAAUAUAUGCUUAUCAUGGUGGUGAGGAUAUCAGGCAACACUUGGAGAUUGAUGCUCAUGUUGGUGGUGUCAAUGAUAUCGCAUUUGCUCAUCCUAAUAAGCAGCUUUCUAUAAUCACAUGUGGAGAUGACAAGACAAUAAGGGUGUGGGAUGCAACUAGUGGCACAAAACAGCAUACUUUUGAAGGCCAUGAAGCACCUGUUUACUCUGUUUGCCCGCAUCACAAGGAGAACAUUCAGUUCAUCUUUUCGACUGCGUUAGAUGGAAAAAUAAAGGCAUGGUUGUAUGACAAUCUGGGAUCCAGGGUAGAUUAUGAUGCUCCAGGGCACUGGUGUACAACAAUGGCUUAUAGUGCUGAUGGUUCAAGGCUCUUCUCAUGUGGAACCAGUAAAGAAGGGGAGACAUUCAUUGUGGAGUGGAACGAAAGUGAAGGAGCUGUGAAGAGGACAUAUCAAGGUUUCCGAAAACGUUCACUGGGAGUAGUGCAAUUUGAUACCACAAGGAACAGAUUUUUGGCUGCUGGUGAUGAAUUUGUGAUCAAGUUUUGGGAUAUGGAUAAUAUCAAUCUACUAACUACUGUUGAUGCUGAUGGUGGCCUACCAGCAAGUCCGAGGAUUAGAUUCAACAAGGAAGGAACACUAUUGGCUAUUUCUACACAUGAUAAUGGAAUUAAAAUUUUGGCAAAUGGUGAUGGACUUCGUCUGUUGCGCACACUUGAAAAUCGUUCAUUUGAUGCUUCUAGGGCCGUCUCAGAGACUCCAACAAAACCUAUAAUAAGCCCACUAACUGCUGCUUCAGUUGCGACAACUUCUGGAAUAGCUGAGAGAACUGCUCCACCUAUGGCAAUAGCUUCUGGAAUGAAUGGAGAAGGCAGAAACAUGGUGGAUGUCAAACCUAGAAUUGUUGAUGAAUCAACCGAAAAAUCAAAAAUCUGGAAGCUUACCGAAGUCAAUGAACCAGCUCAAUGUCGAUCUUUAAGGCUCCCAGACAGUCUUAGAACAAGCAAGAUUUCAAGGCUGAUCUACACCAAUUCUGGUGUUGCCAUCUUGGCUUUAGCAUCAAAUGCAAUUCACCUGCUCUGGAAGUGGCCUCGUAAUGAACGUCAUUCAAGUGGAAAGGCAACAACAAGUGUUGCUCCCCAGUUGUGGCAACCACCAAGUGGAAUAUUGAUGACUAACGAGAUAACUGACACAAAUCCUGAAGAAGCAGUCCACUGCUUUGCACUUUCAAAGAAUGAUUCUUAUGUUAUGUCUGCAUCGGGAGGGAAAAUAUCCCUAUUCAACAUGAUGACAUUUAAGACUAUGACGACGUUCAUGUCACCUCCACCUGCAGCAACUGUUCUUGCAUUUCAUCCACAAGAUAACAAUAUAAUUGCCAUAGGAAUGGAAGACUCCACUAUUCAGAUAUAUAAUGUCCGAGUUGACGAGGUCAAGAGCAAACUCAGAGGCCACUCUAAGAGAAUUACUGGUCUUGCCUUCUCAAAUGUUUUGAAUGUGCUGGUCUCAUCCGGAGCUGAUGCUCAGCUUUGUGUGUUUGGAACUGAUGGAUGGGAGAAACAGAAAAGCAGAUUUCUGCAAAUUCCUUCCGGGCGUACUCCUCCAGCCAGUUCAGAUACACGUGUUCAGUUCCAUCAAGAUCAAAUACACUUCCUAGCUGUGCAUGAAACUCAGAUUGCUUUAUAUGAAACUACUAAAUUAGAAUGUGUGAAGCAGUGGUCUCCUCGUGAGGGAUCUGCCCCCAUUUCACAUGCAACAUUCUCAUGUGACAGUCAGUUGAUAUAUGCUACCUUCUUAGAUGCAACCAUAAGUAUAUUCAAUGCUGCCAAUCUCACUCUACGUUGUCGUGUCCUACCAGCUGCUUAUCUUGUUGGCAAUGCCAGCACUACUGUAUAUCCCCUCGUGGUCGCUGCACAUCCAUCAGAACCAAAUCAAUUUGCCGUAGGCAUGACUGACGGCGGUGUCUACGUAUUAGAGCCGCUAGAAUCAGAAGGAAAAUGGGGCGCCAAUCCACCUGCUGAGAAUGGGUCAGCAAGCAGUAUGUCCAUCACACCCCCUUCUGGAGCCUCUAACUCCGAUCAACCGCAGAGGUGAAGGAAGAUCGCAAGCACAGAACUUAACCCUUUUCCUCUAACUGAGUCAUGGAGUGUGUAGUUCCAAAGAGCUUUAGAGGGGUAGGUCUACAAGAAGAAAGCCAAGGGGGGUUUCUGCAACAGACUUCACUUUUAUAUGUUGUCUUAUUUGUAUGUAGGAAAGAAAUUUCCCUUGGUAGAAUUUCAUUAUGUUGCUUAUGUGAUGUGAGUUUUUUAUUUUUAUUUUUUAUUUUUAUUUUAAUAUGGUGUUAGAACCUGGUUAUGUGAUGCAUGUUUGACUUGCUAGUUACAACUGCUCCAUUCUUUAGUUGCUGCAGUUAAUCUGUCUGUUAAUCUAGAAUUAGUGGGAAAAGAACAGUCUAACAGUUAAUCAUAUUGUGUACUUGUGCCUCAAGUGGUUUGGAUUAAUGUGAUCUGAUUAUGGUGAUAAA